UGUGGAGCACAGCAAAGGGAGCUAUCUGCGGCGGCUCCGCUGUACCCGGACGGAGAUAAGAUGGAACGAGUCAAGCCGACAGCAUCGCAGACCCCCAGUGGGAAGCGGAGGCAACAGCUCCUUCUGGGGCGGUCCUCGCAGCGCAGCCGUCUGCAGUGGCCCCUCCUCCGCGCCCUGGCGGCGGCGCUGGUCUACCUAGCCACUGCCACGGGGGCUGCGGCGGCCAACACAACACCGGCGGCAAGGCUGCGACUGAACGGCGGCGGCAGCAGCAGCCAGCAACGGGGAGGGGCUCGCCCCGCCGCCGCCGGCAGCGGUGUUGGUGUUCCUAGAGGCCGCCAUCAAGAGCGACGAAAGCAGUCGGGAACCAGAGAGGGUGGUGGCAGUGCGUGGGUGGGGUCGUCACCGUCAGUUUGGGGUCGCCGCCGCGGCGGCGGCGGCGGUGGUGGCCGACGUUUGGGCUCAAGGAGAGACGCCGCUGCUGCUGCUGCUGCUGCUGCUGCUGCUGCUGCUACUGCACUCUCAUCGUCAAGAGGAGGAGGCUUGGCAUUCUUGCCGAUGAUCUCCGGGCUUGGGGCGCAGGGGUGGCGUCGAGAGCAACAGCGGUCUUGUCUUCCCCCUAUUUGCGCGUUGAGGGCGGAAGCAGCGGAGGCGGCCGCUGGGCGGCGGCGGGUGUGGAGGCCCCGACGGGGAGCGGCGGCGGUGGCAACACGGGCGUUGACGGAGGACGGGGAAGCGGCGGAGACGGCGGGCGGGGCGGGGGCGGCAGGAGGAGGGGGGGCGGCGAAGUUGACAAUGAGGAGACGGCAAAGGAGAGGCUCCGGGAAGGACGUCGGCGACUGGAGGCCGUCGCUGUACAUGAGGGUCCCCUUCACCACGGGUGCUAUGCUGCGGUAG